AAAGAUGUACAUAAACAGAGUAAAAUGUUACGGAACAAAAUUUUCUGCUGCGAUGAUUUCAGACUUGCCCUACUCGCACUUAGUUAAUUCUAUGUAUUCUGUCAUCAAUUCAUUUUAAACACAACAAAAAAAUGAUUUUCCAAUAGAGGGAUAAAAUAAUUUUACAGCAAAAAGACAGCUUUAAAAUAAACAUUUGUGAUUUAAAUAUAUUCAUUAUAUUUUAUGUUGCUGUAACAGGAAAGUCCAUUUCAUUGUAUACAUGUUUCCAGUUAUUCCAAUUUUUUUUCUAGGGUGUAACACAGUUGAAAGACUUGAGAGUUGACAACCAUACAACAUAUGAGCAUCACUCUAGUAUUGGAGAGUUCCAGGAGGCACUUGCUGGUGUUCUUCGAGAAGAUCUGGCAGUGAAAUUACAGAGAUUUCCUAAAUAUUCUCUUAUGUUUGAUGAAUCAACAGACAUUUCUGUGCAGCAAAACUUAAUUGUGUACAUUAGGUAUCUUGAUUGUGAUAUUGCUGAAAAUGUAGAAAGUAAAACUUGUUAUUAUUCCAUUGCUUCUCUCCACAGGGCAAAUGCAGAUGCUAUUUACACCAAAAUUCUCCAUUUACUUUCUGAGAAAGGCCUAUAUCUUGCCAAUAUUUGUGAUGUUUGUACAGAUGGUGCUGCGGUCAUGGUAGGCUCUAAAAGUGGUGUGGUGACCCGUCUGAAGAAAGAUGUUCCUGGACUCUAUACUUCUCACUGCAUUGUCCACCGUCUUGCUCUUAGCUGCAGCAGUGGUGCAGACUGUAUACCUUACCUUGUUUAAUUUCAGGAGAUCCUUAACUCUAUCUAUAAAUACUUUCAUCUUUCUCCUAAAAACAUGUCUACUCUUUCUGCUAUCCAGUCUGUGUUACAGAAGCAUUCUUUUCGCUUUCAGGAAGUGUUUCAUACCAGAUGGCUGAGUUUUGAAGGUGCAGUUGGUGCUCUGGUCAAAAAUUACUCCAGUCUCCUUUCUUGCUUUCUUGAAGAAAACUCUGCUAAGGCUCUUUCUCUAUACAAACCUGUUGCUACAUACAAGUUCCUGUAUGUUGCCCACUUUCUUUCUGAUGUUCUUGAGCCCCUUGCUAUUUUGUCUAAAAUGUACCAGAAGAAAGAUCUCAACUAUGGAGAAGUGGAGCCACUCCUGACAUCUACAGUACACACCUUGGAGACCCUGAAGGAGAACAAAAAUGGUACUUCCCUCUCUGCUUUUCUUUCAGUUGCCCCCUCUGAACCUUGUCUGGAUGAAAAUGGUCUUUGUACUUUUGAGUUUCAGUCACACACUAUCCGUGAUUCUGCUGAACAGAGGCGUGUUGCUUCAUCUGUCUGUGACCAAUUUGUUGAUUCAAUGGUAGCCAGUCUCCAUUCCAGAUUUGCAGACAAUGAGGAUUCAGCUGUUAUGAAAGCCCUUGGGAAUCUUUUCAAUCCCCACCUUUCUUCUGUUGGCUCUGAUAUUGACACUGUUUCAGAUUAUUUGGGCAAAGUUGGUUUUGAAGGGAGAAGGAAUGAACUUCUGAGCUUUGUCCAUUACUCUAGGGCUUUAGGGUCUGAUCCAAGCAACCAAACAGUGACUGAUUCCACUUCAUGUGCCAAUUUAGCAAUCAACAACAAGUCUAGUUACCCUGCUGCUGCAGUGGCUGCCCAGAGAUUCCUGAUUCUGCCUGUGUCAACAGCUGACUGUGAGAGGGUCUUCUCCAAGCAAAACCUAAUAAAAACUUCACUCAGAAACUGUCUGUCUCCCCCCUCCCUUGACAAUCUCCUGAAAAUUUCCAUAGAUGGCCCUUCUCUGCCUACAUUCCCAUACCAAAGAGCCUUCAGACUGUGGUCAACAUCCAAGAGUAGAAGAAUUCUGAAAUAAAUUGCCAAGCCCCUUCCUGAUCCCUUGCAAACACAUGUUACAGAAUCCAGUCCCCUUCCUGAUGCAAGCCACUAUUAACAUGCAUUUUUAAAAAUGUGUUAUUCUAAGUAGCAUAAUAUGAUAUUGUUAAGCAUUAAAUAUAUUAUGUAUGAGAUAUGAUAUGUAUGAUAUAUGAUGUGCUAAUGUUAUUAAAAUUUACCUUAAAAAAUAAAAAGUUGAAUGAUAUUCCUUGUUUUUGUUGAUAUCACAUGCCUUUUAAAGUGUUCAUUAAGUAGCAGAAAUAAACCAUUAUAUGUAAAGUAAUUAUAGAGAUAGUAAAGUUCAUACAGACUGUUAAAGAGAAACAGCAAAGACAGUAAUUUUGAUGUCAGCCUGUCGCGCGAAAAAUUGGCUCAAAGAAAAAAUUAGCC